GCGGGCGGGUGACAGCUGGGAUCGCUGCGCUCCGCUCCAGUCUGGUAAGAAGCUUCAUCUCCAAAUAGGAUGACCGUCGGCUUUUGUGGGAAGGGACUGCGUUCAGCUCCGUAGCUAGAGCCGGGACACCCGCUUGGUUCCGUCCGUUUUCUCUUUUACUUAAGAGGACUUUAGGAGCCCCAAAGUCGCUUUUUUUUUCCUUCUUCUUCUUCUCUCUGUCCUUCUGUCUAGUGUGGAUUUCUGAUGGAUAUUCCGAUUUGAAGAAGGUGCGAUCUGAGCGCGGCAUGUAACAAAAAGCGCAAGAGAAAAGUAGCGCUCGUAUUGUUAUCCCGAAGCGAGCACCAUCCGAACUGCUUUGAGAGACAAAUCUGAUGGAUUACUAAAACGACAGAGCUGUAUCACCACUCCUAGGCAUAUCCAUUCAUGAGCUGAAGGCUGAAGCAAAUCUGCAGCAGAGGAACAUCGGCAGCAGCAGCAGUGUUGGUGCGACCAUGAGGUCAGAGGCCUUGUUACUCUACUUCACGCUACUGCAAAUAGCCGGGGCGGGCUUCCCUGAAGACAGCGAGCCCAUUAGCAUCUCACACGGCAACUACACAAAGCAGUAUCCAGCGUUUGUGGGCCACAAACCAGGAAGGAACAACACGCAGCGGCACAGACUGGACAUUCAGCUCAUCAUGAUCAUGAACAGGACGUUAUACAUCGCAGCCAGGGAUCACAUAUACACGGUGGACACGGACACUGCCAACAGUGACGAGAUCUUUUUCAGUAAGAAAAUGACAUGGAAGUCCAAACAGGCAGAUGUGGACACUUGCAGAAUGAAAGGGAAGCAUAAGGACGAAUGUCACAAUUUCAUCAAAGUCCUCUUGCAGCAGAAUGACGACACCUUGUUUGUUUGCGGAACGAACGCCUUCAACCCCUCCUGUCGGACCUACAAGAUGGACUCCCUGGAGGCUCUGGGAGAGGAGAUCAGCGGGAUGGCACGCUGUCCGUACGAUGCCAAGCACGCCAACGUCGCCCUCUUUGCCGAUGGCAAGCUGUACUCGGCCACCGUAACAGACUUUCUCGCGAUCGAUGCGGUCAUCUAUCGUAGCCUUGGAGACAGCCCGACUCUGCGCACUGUCAAACACGACUCCAAAUGGCUGAAAGAGCCGUAUUUCGUCCAGGCAGUCGAUUAUGGGGAUUUCAUCUACUUCUUCUUUCGGGAAAUUGCCAUGGAAUACAACACAAUGGGAAAGGUGGUGUUUCCUCGGGUGGCGAGGGUUUGCAAGAACGACCGGGGCGGCUCGCCGCGCGUCCUGGAGAAGCAGUGGACCUCGUUUCUCAAGUCCCGGCUGAACUGCUCCAUCCCCGGCGACUCCCACUUCUACUUCAACAUUUUGCAGGCUGUGACGGACGUCAUUCACAUCAACGGGAGGGAUGUGGUGAUGGCGACUUUUUCCACGCCGUAUAACAGUAUUCCAGGUUCUGCGGUGUGCGCCUAUGACAUGGCGGAGGUGGCCAACACGUUCACAGGGCGUUUCAAAGAGCAGAAAUCCCCAGACUCCACCUGGACGCCUUUUCCUGAAGAGAAGGUUCCCAAGCCAAGGCCUGGUAACUGUGCUGGUACUCCAUCCAUGGAGAGGUACAAGGUCUCCAACGAGUUCCCAGAUGACACACUCAACUUCAUCAAAAUGCAUCCUCUGAUGGACGAGGCCGUGCCCUCCAUUGCUAACAGGCCCUGGUUUCUCAAGACCAUGGUCCGGUAUCGCCUGACGCGCAUCGUGGUGGACAGUGAAGCGGGUCCCAAUAAGAACCAAACCGUUGUGUUCCUGGGGUCAGAGAAAGGCAUAAUCCUCAAAUUCCUGGCGAAAAUGAGCAACGGCUUUCUCAAUGACAGCCUUUUCCUGGAGGAGCUCAACGUCUACAACCCUGACAAGUGCAGCAUAGAUGGCGUGGAAGACAAACGCAUCAUUGGUAUGCAGAUAGACAGCAGGAGUCAUGCUCUGUGGGUCGCUUUCACCUCCUGUGUCGUUAAAGUGCCGCUGUCUCGCUGCGAAAGACACGGACGGUGCAAGAAGUCCUGCAUAGCCUCCAGAGACCCGUACUGUGGUUGGGUGUCAGAGGGAGCCUGCAGACAGGUGGUUGGAAACGUCAAAUCAGCUUUCGAGCAGGACGUGGAGCAUGGUAACACAGAUGGCCUGGGAGACUGCCAAAACACAUUUGUGGCGCUGAAUGGCCACCAUCACCACCACCAUCACCACACCCUCUCACUCCCCACCUCCGCCCUCCCCGAGGCUGCCGAGGGCCCCCUGGGGCGCAAGGAGGUCCCCAUGAGUUCAGACAAAGGGGAGGAGCCCUACCUGGCCGUGCCCUCUCAGACCCAGCCCGAAGCCAAUGGUGUGAUCCGCGAGAGUUACCAGAAGGGUCGCGACCAGCUGGUUCCCGUGACCCUGCUGGCGAUCGCCGUCAUCCUGGCGUUCGCCAUGGGCGCCAUCUUCUCCGGCAUCAUCGUGUACUGCGUCUGUGACCACCGGCGGCGGGAUGUGGACCUGACGGGCCGGAAGGAGAAGGACGGCCACCACCUCCACUCCCGGCGCGGAUCCAUGAACAGUGUGACCAAGCUGACCGGCCUGUUCGAGACACAGGCCAAAGACGGCCGCCCCGAGGCCAUCCUCACGCCGCUGAUGCACAACGGGAGGCUGACGCCGAACGGCAAGAUGCUGAUCAAAGCGGACCAGCACCACCUGGACCUCGCCGCCCUCCCCACGCCGGAAUCCACCCCCAUGCAGCCGCGUCGGAAGCCGAGCCGGGGGAGUCGAGAGUGGGAACGAAACCAGAACCUCAUCAACGCCUGCACCAAGGACAUGCCGCCCAUGGGUUCCCCGGUCAUCUCGACAGACCUCCCCCUCCGGGCCUCCCCGGGGCACAUCCCCAGCGUGGUGGUCCUCCCCCUGCCGCAGCAUCAGCACCAGCUCCAGCCUCACCUGCAGCAGCACCAGCCCUACCAGCACGAGUACGUGGAGCAGCCCCAUCACAGCGAUCUGAGCAUGGGCCACGGCGUCAUGGACGACCAGGGCGCCACCCUGGAGUACAAGACAGUCAAGAGCCCGUGUCACAACCUCAGCAUGGUGGAUCCGGACGCGGUGCUGCCCCCCCGCGUCCCCCAACGGGAAGCGUCUCUCACCAUCCCUCCCGCCGUCCCGCAGAUGGGAAAGCGACUGGAGGUUCACUCCUCGGUGUACGGGCUCCGGAAAGGGUCGGCAUCUGCCGCCUGCGGGUCGUCCGCCCUAAAGAAACACAACACCAACUCAUCCAACUCCUCUCAUUUGGCAAGACAUCACAGCUUCAACCGCGUGGAGACUCCUCCGCCCGCACCCCAGAGGGUGGACUCCAUACAAAUGACAGCACAGGGCAUAUCCCUGUCACGGCAGCCCGGAAUGAGCUCCUACGGUUCACUGCCCCGAACAGGCGUCAAAUAUCUGAAGCCCGAUGUCCCUCCCAAGCCUUCCGUAGUGUCACUCUCAACAAAAGUCAAGUCAAGUGACUCUGGCACAUAGUCAUCCUGUUGGCCCAUCAGUCCAAUGUGAAAAGACAGUAGUGAAAGAGGUUUUCUGAAUGAGAGAGGAAGAAAAAAAAAACAGGGAAUACUGUACAACUUGCAUCUCCUUUUAGUGUUUGUUUGUUUUUGUUGUACAGUACAGUGGAACAUGCAACACCGUCUUUUUUUUUUUUUAAAAGGAAAACACUUUGUUUUUAUAUAAAUAUGUAAAUAAUAUACAAUGGUUGUUGUCAGUUGUUGCCGUCACCGAGCUCCCGCUCCGGCUGGCUCCCAGUUCCUCUGUUUACUCACAUGGGAACGUGUGCUACUGAAAAAGAAGAAACCCGUCCUGAAUAUCUCCUCCAUCGGCACCCUGUAGCAUCCAAGACGGCGGCUCUCUUGUUUGUGGUGUCUUUGGCCACCAGGACUUGACUUGAUACUUUAUCAUGCUGGUUAAAGCACACAAGAAGACAACAGGGGGACGGGCAAGGAGGGGGGAGGGGUUGGGUUUUGGAGAGCAAUUGUCGUACAGUAUCUGAGGACGGGAGAAUCUGAGCACUCAGACAGAUCGAGUUUGGACUGAAAGGACAGACAGCUGCUUCGAGUUCUGUCGGAAACUGUGAAAAGCCUCUCAGUGUUACAGCAAUCAAGUCCCGCCUGGCUUUGACUGGAAGCCGGGGCCAGAAGAAUCUUCUACUGUACUGGUUACUGAAUAACACAAUGACUGUUAAUACUAAUAGCUUGUUGUAUUUAUUUUUAUUAAGUGCUUUUGGAAAACAAAACAAAAAAAAAACACAGACUGACUUUCUAGGCUUGGUGAGAGAGAGAGAGGACGAAGAAGAGAUCUUUUAAUAUUGAUUAAUCAAGUGUGAGAUAAAAAAAAAAAUAUUUAAAGUCAUUAAACUGGAGCCAGUAGAACUAUCUUCAAGACUUAAGGUCCACUCGGCCUUACUGUGUGCUCUGAGACCUGCGGCUUGAGAUAUACAUAACCUCUGUAACGGGGAGGAGAUAUUUAUUUAAACUGUGCCAGACUGGGACUUUUACCUUGGUGGACCAGAAUUUCCAUUGUUUUAGACCAAUCAUUUAAAAAAAAAAAGAAAAAAGAAAAAAAAAAGACUUCCUGUAUCUCACCCUUUCACUCCUCCAGUGAGCGUCCCCCCCCCCCUCCCAAUCAGCACUGUGGUUUUUGUGCGAGUCAGAAACAUUCGUCCUGAUUGGUUCGCUGGCCCACCGGUGCCAUCCGAGCUCACCGCUGCAUGUUGCAAAUACAAAGCUGCAGCAACAGCGUGGGAAUCCGCAUACACACAUACAGAAAAAGAAGCUGUACGCGAGGCCGCGGGCGAGCGAGGCGACGCCUCCGCCGCGGAGCGCGUCUCUCUUUUCUCGCGGCGUCGCACGAACGAGCAGGCGGAAAAAAAAAAGAAAACUCUAAAAACAUCUGUGUUGCCUGCUUCUCUUUCCACAUGUAAAUUUGUGCCUUACACCCUAAAGUAGUGACAAUGUUUUCUUUGAUAGCUGUUAACUUUGUCUCCUUGUUGUAUUUUUUUAAUUAUUUUUCUUACGUCAUUUCCCUGGUUUGAUAAGAUGCAAUUAAAGAAUGUAGGUGUUAUUGUUGUAAUUUUUUGUCCGUAGACAUGACACACUUACAGACCCGAGGAAAGAGAGGAAGGAGGAUCCCCCUUUCUCCUCUCACUCUUUCUCUCCAACAUCCACACAUGAACACACGUGCACACAGACACACAAACACACACGUACACACACAAUCAUUUUUGUGGUUCAUUUCAGAUUGUGCCAUUAAUGCGCUUGAAGCAGCCCUUUAUGUUGUGUUGGCAUUGUCGAUGAAGACGUUGUGAGUAUUUUUGAUUUUCUCUUUUAUACAAUUUCAGAGUCCUGGUAUUUGUUUUUACUUGUUUUUUGCUGUCUGUUUGGAGUGAUGUUAAAAUUGACUGAAGAACUGAAAAAAAAAAAAAAAAAAAUUAACACUCGCUACUUGAGAAGGCCAAUGUACGUGCGUCUUUCUGGCGCACUGCAAUAAUGAUGCAAAGACGACAACGCAGCAGACGUACAGGACGAGGCACACGUGAGCACCCGGUCUACUCACACAGCUCCAGGCUUCUUGUGUGCAUCCUAUCCUUUAUUUCCUCGACAGUUAGUCGCAUAAACAGGCUGGUUCCUGUGAAGAAAGUUGACCUUUUAAAACGACAAUAUUAAAAAACUUUUAUUUUAACACUUUUUUUUUUUUUUGUAAAAGGAAAGAGUUUAGAGUUGCUUUUUUUUAUUUUACUUCACUAACUCUUAUUAUCAAGGCCUUAUGAUUGGCUGAGAGUUUGACUAAUCUGACCUUUUCACUUUCAGUUCCUUUGUACUUGAGCAUUUUUAUUGAUUAUGCCCCCACCCACCCCCCGACCCGAGCACCUAAACCUUUGGAGCACUCCUUUAUUGUUAUAUGUGUAGAUAGGUAAAAAAAAAUUUCUUGAUAUCAAACGAUUUUCUGUUUCUCUAUGGAGGAAAGCCAACUACAUCUCAAUCCACAGCUAAAAAUCAGAAGGGAUGCGUAGAAUCUGUGGCCUGACAGACAUGUGUACAUAGACACCUGCUGGGUUUUGGCGACGGGGUCAAAGGGAAACAGAUGAGGAAGGUGUCCGGUCCAAAAACAUGAUUCAGGGUCAGCUGAGACGAGCAUCCCUGUAGUUACGAUCCUCAAACUGCAAAUAACCCAGGAUUAACACGAAGGUGUGUGUGUGUGUGCGUUCACUCCAGACUUCAGAAUACCACUGUGUUGUAAUGUGGUGACUGGGC